AUGCAUCCUUAUAUCCUUGCCAUUGAUAAUGUUAAAGUUGAUUACCUGAUUUGUUAUUCGGACAAUGUAUUGAUGGCUAACAUCGAAAGCGUUGAACAAGCUGUUGUUAUUCUGCUGGCAUUUUAUGCUGUUUUUGAAUGCAGUUGUGAACCAGCAUAUCGUGGUAAUUUAUCAUUAAUACAGAUAGCUACGUGUGAUAUGCCAGGAGAACGUAAACAGCUGCUAAACAAAUCAACUAAUUAUGUCAAACAAUUUAUUGCACAAUUGUACUAG